UUCGAAGCAAGCGGAAAGAGAAAAAUGGGAGCCGGGUCGGAAGGAAGCAGAAUUAAUUAGUCAAGCUUAUCAACCAGCGCCAUUGCAACUUUACGUGAAAAAUGAAUACGAAGUCCAUACAUGGAUGAAAGCGAAAAAAAUUUUUAAACCAAGACUUAAAACGGGCAGGGACAGUGUUUGGAUGGAAACAAACGAAAUUUUAAAACCAAUAAAACUUUACACGUAAAUGCUAGUAUAAAAUUGCGUGUAUGCUUUAAUCUUAUGAUGUUUUUUCUACUGUUAAAUUGGUACAUAUAUCCAUUUUUUGGAGCAAGGACAAGCGUUUGGUCGAAGCAAAUGAAAUUUUAAAACCAUUGGAACUUUUGACGGACGUGGGAUCGAUGAAAGCAACAGUGAUUUUUAAACCUCCUGGACCUGAACUGAAAAUUUGGACAAACAGACCUCAUAAUUGGAUGGAAGCAAAAAAAGUUUUAGAAGCUGAUGUCAACGAUUUUCCACGGCUGAAACUUUGGACCGAAGGAUGCUAGGAAUGAGGAUUGGAAGGAAGUGGUAGAAAUUAAAAAUGAACUUAACCAACCACUAGAACUUGAAACGCAAAUAACAGAGUGUGGCGGAAAGAAGAGGAAGAAGACGGAAUGGAAGCGCGGAGGGAGUGUUGGGUUUGGAGGGAAACAGAACAAAUUUUUGAAGAUAAUACACCUGCGAAAUUUAGAACGGGGCGUCAUAGGAAUGAUGUUCUUGAAGCAUUUGAAUAUGAACGACCACGGGAUAUUAUAAAGGAGGAUAUUUGGGAGAAUAAUUGGAAAAAAGCAAAGAAAAAAUUAGAAGAGUUCCUCGAAUCGCUAAAAUCUGGACCUAAGGGGAAGGAUACAGAAGCUGCAGAUAUGCAGAUAAGCAGACUUGGAGAUUCUUGAGGAAUUCUGCCAAGUCCAGAAUUUAAAACUAGUGUGUGAUAGCACUAGUGAAGGGUAGUUGCUGAUCCUAAGUUCUUCUGGAGGAUUUCCGAUACAAACUAUGAGCUAUGCAUCUAAGUAGUUAGUAAGACAAAUUUGUGUCUGUCUAAAACUUGGGUCUAUGAAUUUUUAAUUUAUUUUGUACUAAACUUUGAGCCUAGGAUAUAUAUGUAAAACAAUUCUUUUGUUCUCAUAAGUAGUUCUUUUUCUUUUUGCAUUGCAUAAAGAACACUUUCACAA